AUGGCAACAGCUACCUUCGGCACGCCUCCACAAACCCUUUCGUUUGCCCUCACGAGUAGCGACGACCUCACCUCUUUUCCUUGCGGGGCCAACUACACGUGCGUAAAAUGCACGAUCGACCCCAAGGAUAUUCUCGUAUUCAAGCCCGAUCAAUCCAACUCGUCGUCUCUGUUAUACUGCGACGACCCGUUACUGAAUAACACCAUCUCCUCGGAUCUAAUCCCGGUUUACACCCAAUGCAUCUCGGACGACUCGUGCUCCCAUGCUCUGGCAGAGUACGCCGACGACGAAGAUGGCUCGAUUGCGACGUCAGGUGUAAUUUUGUCCAAGACGCUAACCCUACCCAAAGGAGCGAAUGAGUCGUCGGCCAAAAAGCUCAAUCUCCUCGUCGACUGCACCUCUGAGUCGGAGGGAUGGCCGCAAGAGAAGAUUGUGGUCGAGGGAGUCGAGGUGAAGGUCCCGACGAAGUCUUUGGCCGCGGAUGAGAAUGGAAACAGGGGAAUGAUGGUGGAGGCCGGGUACACGGUCUCGGUCAUGGACGAACGCGUGUUUGAACCGUUGGUGUGGGAAUUUGAGAAGCAAGUCGGGAAGAAUUACACAAGGGCUAAGGAGGUGGAGAAGGAGUUUACGCACAAACCGUGUUAUAAUAUCGAUUCCAAGGGUAUAAAGGGUAUAAUGCCGAAGAUGGGUUUUCGUUUCGAAGGAGGGGCCGAGUUGGUUGUGCUGGUUGAGAAUUACUUUAGGUAUUGGAACGAGUCGGUUAUGUGCAUGACGAUAUGGUCGGAAGAUAAUGAGAUGAAGGCGGGAGAUGAGCUGGACGGGCCUGCGAUGGUGUUAGGUCAGUGGCAGAUGCAGAAUGUUUACGUGGAAUACGGGUUGGCCCACAAUCGUCUUGGUUUCCUGCACAAAAAUUGCUCGCAAAGUUCUUAA